CUUCAAAGGUGUUUUAACUCAUCAUUGUGAGGAUUAGACAGCCCACAGCUGUGAGAGUUCAGCGUGUGCACCAUGUUCGCCUCCGCUGUCCCGUACAAGAACCAGCACUAUGCUGAGCUAAAGAGGAACUGUAUCAAGGACAAGACGCUGUUUGAGGACCCAGAGUUUCCUGCCAACAAUUCAUCUCUGUAUUUUAGGAAACCAAUUCCUGGAUAUGUGGAGUGGAAACGACCCGGGGACAUAAGUGAUGACCCGCAUCUGUUUGUGGAGGGCAUCAGCGCCCACGACCUGAACCAGGGACAGGUGGGGAACUGUUGGUUUGUUGCUGCCUGUUCCUGCCUGGCCUUAAAGCCAAACCUGUGGAAGAAGGUGAUACCUGAUCAUAAGGACCAGGAGUGGGAUCCCAAACACCCGGAGAGCUAUGCAGGGAUCUUCCAUUUCCAGUUCUGGGUGUUUGGAGAGUGGGUCGAUGUGGUGGUGGAUGACCGACUGCCUACAAUCAAUAAAGAGCUAAUCUACUGUCACUCCAAAGACAACAACGAGUUCUGGAGCGCCCUGCUGGAGAAGGCCUACUCUAAGUUGGCUGGCUGCUAUGAGUCCCUUGAGGGGGGAAACACUGGAGAUGCUGUGGUAGAUUUCAGUGGAGCUGUGGCUGAGGCCAUCAGCCUGGAAAAAGAAGAUUACUACAAAGACCAGAAAAAACAGGACCAGCUGUUUGAGGAUCUACUAAAAGUCUACGACCGUGAAGGAAUCAUAAGCUGCUCCAUUAAGGCACAGCCUCAUGAAAUUGAGGCAAGGAUGCAUAAUGGGCUGGUGAAAGGUCAUGCAUACUCAGUGACAGCAGUGAAGAAGGUGCGUUUGGGUCACGGGCUGAUAGCCUACUUCAAGAAUGAAACCAUUCCUCUGAUCCGCAUGAGGAAUCCAUGGGGCAAGACAGAGUGGUCAGGAGCCUGGAGUGACAGCUCUGAAGAAUGGGCAAAGAUUGGUGAUAUGGAAAGGGGAAGCCUUGGCAUUGUAGUAGAGGAUGAUGGAGAGUUCUGGAUGUCUUUUGCAGACUGGUGCAAGUUCUUCACAGAUGUAGAUGUGUGCCGUCUCAUCAACACCUCGAUGAUCAGCCUCCAUAAGACGUGGCACGAGUUGGUUCACUUUGGGAGCUGGACCAAAAAUGCAGAGCCGCUGUUGAACCGCUGUGGCGGCUGUCUUAACCACAAACGGACAUACCUGCAGAACCCACAGUACAUGUUUGAUGUUACCAAGGAGGAGGAUGAGGUCUUAAUCUCCCUGCAACAGAAAGACAUACGGGUCCACAGAAGAGUUGGUCAAGGAGAUAACCUAAGCAUUGGCUUUAGUGUACUCAAGGUGGAGCUGAACAGAAAAUACAGGAUGCAUGACAUCCUAACGCAGCAAUCUGUGGCCAACUCCACCUACAUCAAUGCUCGCACAGUGUUCAUGAGACAAAUGCUCCCACAGGGGCGCUACAUCAUCAUCCCCACCACCUUCGAGCCUCAGACUCUGGGGGACUACAUGCUCAGAGUGUUCACCGAUGUGGACUCGGGAUGCAGGGAGCUGAUCGAUGAUAAGCCAAGGGUGAGAUGCUGGAGUGCAUUCGUUGGGUAUCCACAAGUUGUGUCUCAUGUCUACGUCCACGGAGCAGAGGGGCUGCAGAACCAGGAGAGUCCAGGAGGUGCAGACCCCUAUGUGAUCAUAUCAUGUGAGGGCCACUCAGUGAGGUCCACCGUCAAGAAGGACACUCUGGAACCAGAGUUUGCAACCAGCGCCAUUUUCUACAGGAAGAAGAUUAGAAAGCCCAUAACUAUUGAGUUGUGGAACAGUAACGCAGUGAAGGACGAGUUCAUGGGUCAGGUGGUGCUGUCGGGGUCAGUGAAGGACUCGAUUGAACCUCAGAGGCUCCAGCUGAGGAAACGAGGGCGGCAGAUGGCUGACGAGAUGCCCGGGAACAUCAGUCUGAGGAUCGCCACAGCUACCCAGCUUACUGCCAUGUGACCCCAGAGUGGGAGGAGUCAGCUGGAUGUUCGACUACACAAAUGUAACAGUUAAUUGCACAUUGGUGUUUUUCUUUUGUAAAAUGUGUUGAGAGGGGCAGAGGGCACAACUGGACAGACUGAAUGACAGUUUGUCAUUUUUUAUGUUUUUUUUUCCGUCAGCUUUUGAAUGACUUGUCUUAUCUUUGCAAUCAUCUUUUUAUAUAACUUAUAAACAUUUUUUAUGGACAUUUUUCAGAAAUCUUGUGAAGAUUUCAUUCUUUCUAAGAGAUGUUACACUUGAUACUGUGAGAAAAAAGGCAGAAAUUGGUUGUCAAAGUCUUAAAAAUAAUUCUGAUUGUCUUUUAUAGACAUUAAAAGUUGCAACAUUUACUGUA